CAUCCAUUUUUCACUUUGCUUUCCAUCUUAUCGGCAUUCUACACAAUCCCAUAAUCUUCUAAGCCAAACACACCUUCACAAUGGCAUCUCGCAAGGAAAUCAUCAACAAGAUCUACAAGAUCAUCCCUCCCAUGCUCGAGAGCUUCCACAAGGGACAGCUCGGACGUGUGGCCGUUAUUGGCGGUAGUGAGGAUUACACUGGUGCCCCUUACUUCUCCGGUAUGGCUUCUGCAAAGCUCGGUGCCGACAUGUCCCACGUCAUUUGCGAGCCUGGCGCCGGCCAGGUCAUCAAGACAUACUCCCCCAAUCUGAUGGUUCACCCCUACAUGCGCCAGAGCAAGAACAUGAAGGAGGGCGAGAACAUUGACAACAUCUCCAAGACCGUCACCGAUAUGCUGUCUCGUCUUCACGUCGUUGUCAUCGGUCCCGGUCUUGGUCGCGAUGAGGCUAUGCAAGAGACUUGUGCCCGUGUCAUCCAGGAGGCUCGCAAGCAGGGUAUUCCUUUCAUCGUCGACGCCGACGGUCUCUUCAUCAUCCAGAACAGACCCGAGUUGGUCCAGGGCUGCACCGAGUGUAUCCUCACACCCAACAUCGUCGAGUUUGGUCGUUUGGCAAAGGCACAGGGCAUCGACGCCGACGGUGACCCUUCAAAGCUGUGCGAGGAGCUGGCCAAGAAGUUCGGUGGUCCUACCAUCAUCCAGAAGGGUGCUAAGGACUACAUCUCCAACGGCAAGCACACCUUCGUCAACGACAAUGAGGGUGGUCUUAAGCGCUCAGGAGGUCAGGGCGAUACCCUUACCGGCUCUCUCGCUACUCUUCUCGCUUACAGAAAGGCCUACCACGACAGAAUCUGGGACCACGAGAACGAUCUUUCCGAGUCAGAGACCCUUGCUCUCGUCGCUUUCGGUGGCAGUGCCAUCACCAGAGAGUGCUCGCGUCUCGCAUAUAAGGAGAAGGGUCGUUCGCUGCAGGCCGCUGACUUGACCGAGCACGUCCACACUGCUUUCCUCAACACCAUUGGCGAGAAGACUAAGAUCUAAACGUCUCGCCUCUAAUGACUUUGACGGCUUUUUUUUUUUGAACAAAAAGAACUUUACCCUUUAU